AUGGCACUGUUUCGAUCCAUUUUUCGACCGUCCAAAUCAGGAACCCCCAAGCCCUCUCGAUCGCGGCAUGCUUGGUCGCGACUGAGUCGGUCCCAGUCCCAGUCGGAUGCAGUCCCUUUGAAGACCCAGCCGGAGCCGAUUGCAACGAUAAGAGAGCCGGAAGCUGUUCAGAUCGAACAACUUGAAACGAAGGAUGUGGCUCUCCGUGUUCAUGAGAAGAAGUCGACGGACUCCAGCGCACGAGCGCAGCCAGAGAGCCAUGCCUCAGUUGAGUCUGGCUCUGUUCCACUCAAGACCGAUGACGGCCAGAGCGAGUUGUCUCGAUCUCAGCGCGGCUCUCAAGGCCUGAGUGGCCUCGUAUCUCGCUUUCGCUCGAGCAAAUCUGAGGAUCGAGGCUCCGUCUCGGAAAUCCCAGAUCAUGCUGAGUCGCAACCUACCAACAAUGGAGAGCCUACCAACAACGAAGAGAUACCAGCUGGUCCCGCCAAGAAAGAUUCUGCUGCUGCGUCCAAACAUUCGUCGACUGCUGAGACAGGUGGCCAGAAUGAGAACCGGCAGGUCAGCUCCCAGAGCGUUCGCUCCCAUGGGUCGAAUCGUACCACCGUGACUGUCUGUCGGCACCCCUCGCAGCGCACUGCGAUGCCUAUCCAGGAAGUCCAAGAAGAUUGGUUCUGGCCAGGGAUCUUGAACUUCACGCACGAGAUUGCGCAUUCUUCGGGGGGUUCAGACCCGUUCUCUGAUGGAAAGCAUGCCGAGCCCUCACUGGCCGCGCCAGCGUCUUCCAAAUACAGUGGGGACCAAAGCCAUCAGCCGUCUGUCAGAGAGAGCCAAAAGAGUUCCGAGGCGUCGCAGGGGCAUAGCGGUUAUAGCCAACGUGAGAACGCAUCCGCCCAUCAUUCGUCUUCGAAAUCUCGCAGUGCCUCCCAUGGAGUUUCUAGCCAUCGAACGAGCUCGGGCAACAGUCAAAUCAGUCGAAGUAGCCGAAUGACCCGGCUCGAUCCAUGCAAGGCGAUUGUCACUUUUAAUGAGCUGGCAGCUCGAUUAAGCCUCCAGCUCUCGAUAUCGGCUGAUGACCCGUUAGCCACUCCAUCCGAGGACAAAACUCGCAGCUCCGACGAAGACAACGUACCUCGUCGCCGACUUCGAUUGUUGAGCCGGGUCCGUCCGGUCAAGUCUAAUCUGAACCUGGGGGUGACUUCACAUCCAGAGCGCAAGCUGCGACGAACCAAGACAUUUGCCCACCUUACGCGUCGCCCUAGUCCCAUGAGUUCCUUGAAAGGAAAGACCGUAGAAACCUUGGCUCGCCUGGGAGGGCAUAGCUUCCUCAUGCUGCCAUCAGACCUGGCGCCGUCUGCAUUGCAACUGCCCGCAUGUAUUGUGGCGACGGUGAUGUUUUUGCGCAAAUUUGGUGCCAACAAUGCCGAACUAUUUGUUGAGCCUGGAGACGUCAAGGCCGCCACCCGUCUGUACAACCAUUUCGCCAGCCAGGUGUUGUCGGUGGAGAAGGAUGAAGCUAGGAUCGCCAUAACCAUGCGCGUGAUUGCCAUACCACACUUUCAGGGAGACUCGACCGCGGACUCGGCCCCAGUGCUCAGUGUUGGUUGGGUGCUCAAGGCCCUGUUAGCGGGGCUGCCGGGUGGAAUCCUCGGGUCUGUCCGCCUCUACCAGACCUUGAAGGGGAUCUACUUGGCUCAUUUCCCGGACAACUCCUUCCCUCGCCCACCGGCCUGCCUCGCGGGGCUAUCUCCACCGACCGCGGCUCGAGUGCAACUCAUCGCUCUGGCGAUCACGGCACUGGCGAGCGAGAUGCAGUGUGCACUCAUCUGUGCGGUGUUCGGACUUCUUAUGGGGCUGCUGCAGGAAACAGAACGUCUGAUGGAGAGCCAGCAACCGUCCGGCAGUCGAGCCCGGCCUUUGGUGGCGGGCAUCCCGAGUAUAGAUGGACUGGGGCGGGUGUUUGGACCGCUGCUCCUGGGGACCGAGGGGCAAGAAGUGCGAGAGGGUGUACCGCAGAGUAAGGUGGAACGAGAGAUCGAAGAGCAACGGGUGGCGGAGUUACUCCUUGAGAACUGGCGCAAUGUGAGCCGCCAGCUGCGAUAG